UGAUUAUCGCAAACCGAUUGAAAUAUAUCUCGCUUUGGCAAAGUGUUUCGGGAAGGUCGCUUGACUAUAUUUUUCAGAAUGAAGAAAAUUUUAAGCAUCACCUUGCUGUUAUUCACCAUCAAGGCAUCGUGCAAACCCGAAGGACAGGGAGUUACGAAAGUACCAAAUUAUACAAAAUUAGCUGACAAUGAAAUUAAAUAUCUCCAAAAUAAAGGUUUCGGACCUGAGCAACGUUCUGGCGUAGAUGCGUAUGAAUAUGAGGAAGAACAUUAUGAAGUUGACAAUGAACCGGAACAAAGCCAAUAUCGUGAACCAACUUAUGCAAAUUAUCCGGCUCAAACUAGAACCACGCCUAUUAAGAACUAUCCAGCGGCAACUCCAAAGACCUCAUAUUACGCUAGUGUCACACCUAAAGCCUACAAAGCUGGUGCGGAAGAAGAAACAUAUCAUAGGAAUGGACAGCUCGGUCCGGAAGAGGAAGAACUAGAAAAAGAAGAGGAACCCGAUAGGCUUACUCUUUUACUGCCUCAGUCGAAAUUUCAAUGCACAGGAAGAAAAACCGGCUAUUAUGCCGACCAAAAUCUGGGCUGUGAGGUAUUCCAUUAUUGUCAUGAAAAUGCUAGACACUCGUGGAUUUGUCCCGAGGGAUUUACUUUCCAUCAGGUACAUCUGAUUUGUAUGCCACCAGGAGGAGAUAAUAUCUGCGAUAAAUCGGCUGACUAUCACUUUGUGAAUGAUUUUCUCUACAAGCCAGUCAACUUGGAAGAAUACCAACAAAAACCAAACGUGACUUUAAGAUAUUCCGACAGAUACUUUCCUGACGCAUAUAGACCCAGAUACGAUGAUGACGAUGGUGAUGCCAGACCCACACACCAUCAACAUUCGAUUCGUGUAACCAAUCAACCGCGUUAUCAAUCAAUUCCGUCAACGACAUUUCGUCCCCAAACACCGUUAGGUCAAGUGUUCAGAUCUCCUGAAGAAAUUAAUAUUUCGUUGCAACAAAGGAGACCCCAGUUCUCGACAUCUAAACUCAUAGACGCUUUCUAAUGGCAUCACCCCCUAUCAAUAAGUUUUGAGAAAGUGGUUUCACCCAUUAGUAAAUUAAACGGCAGUAUUUGUUAAAUCUGUCGUUCGACAGGUGUUCGUAAUUGAAUUUACGCAACGGCCAUCUCAUUUCAUGAAAUUGUAAAUUUUAUUUAAUAAACAAAUUUUUGCAAUCUAGAUUGUAUUUAUCGUUAAUAUAAUUUCAAAACAAAUAAAUUGUGUGAUUUUUAAAAUAUGUAUGAACAUGUAAUAAUAAAUUA